GUAAAAUUUACAUUUUUUUUUCUUUCGCAAUGCUUCAUGUAUGACAAGAAAGUAAACGUUGUAUUUAAAUGUUAUAAACAGUUUGAACCGUUUGAAUGGACUGAAGCAGAUAUCCAGAAUCAGGACAGACUCUCAGACUCCGAAGAGACUGGUGCUUUUGAAUUGGAUAAUGAUUCUAAAAUAAAACCUGAAGUUGAACUUAAAGAAGAAACGGAUAAUUUUAUUUAUAAAGCGGAUUUCCGUGGACAUUUACAACUUGUGAGCCUUAGUCAUGAAGUUCCAAAUCAGUGCUUGAAUCAUUCAGACUCAAAUGGGCAAUGGCAAGAUGUGAACUCUUCAGUACAGGCAUCUGAAACUGGACAAAUCACCUUAUCUUGGCAAGAAGUAUCAGAGGACUCGGAUGCUAGUCAAAUGUAUAGAAAAUCCAAAAAUGAGUCCAGUUCUUCUGUUGAAGGAAGAUAUUAUAUUAAAGAAGAGCCAUCUGAAAAUAAUUCUCAAAACUGUUCCUAUGGGCAAGCAAUACCAGAGAUCUAUGAUUACUCAUCAGAUACUUCUUGGCAUCCUGAAACAGAUGCUUCUAGUCAGGUUAUUGCUAAAAAAAUGAUUCUUGCAUUUAACUACAAAUAUAAGUUAACUAAUGGGCAUAAUAUCAACAAGAAUAUGGUAUUACUUACUCAAGCUGAGAAGAAACGCUUGUAUCGUCUGAGAAUCAAAGCAGAAAACCCUGCAAUGUGGUCCUCUAUUAAACAAAAAGAAGCUGCAAGGAAGAGAGAGCAACGUGAAAAACGACGACAUAUAAUAUUAGAAAUGCAAAAAGCCAUGGAAUUGGCAGGUUUGCCAGAAUCUCCUGAUGUUGUAAAUCAUAAGUUAUAUUUAGAAGCUUUAAAAGAAAGCUAUCCUGAAAUUUGGGAACAAUUAAUCAAUGCCUUGCCUGCCACACAAUUAAGAAAUGAACAAGUAUACAAUAAACGAACGUCUAAAAGCAGACGUAAUUCACCAAAGCCUGCUAAAAUGUAUAAAGAUGUUAUUGAGGCUCAGAAGAAACGAUUAUAUAGACAGAGGAUGAAAGAAGAAAGGCCAGAAAUGUAUGAACGACAGAAAGCAAGAGAUGCGUAUGCAAGAAGUAUUCAGAGACUAAUGUCAAAGAAAAAGCAGUUAUCUGUGAAAAAUGGAUGCCAUUCAGAAAGCAUUGAUGCAGAUGGUAUGGAGAAGAAACUGACCUAUCUACAGAAUGUACAAAUGGAAGAUGAUAAUUUUACUGAUUCCAAAUUUUUUUCCUUGCAUCUGAUGAACCAGAUGAAUAAUCAGAAUAAUUCUGGUUUUGAAAAUAGUUCUGGUACUGAUGUUCCUAUAGCAGAAGUUCAAAUUUCUGAAACCAGUAAUCUACCUCCUGGAGCUGAUGGUGGUAAUACACAAAGUGAUCCUUCUGAAAUCUGUGAUAAUAUUCCUAUGGAUAUUGAGAAUCAUUCCAAAAAUUCAUCCAUUUCCAUUGUUAGUGACAUACCAAACGAAGAGAAAAGCAAAGAGUCUUGUGAAGCAAUAAAUACUUCAAAAUUCUCAGAAAACUUAACAGCCACCAUCUGUUCGACACAGAGCGACAUUCUGUGGUACUGGAAUGAUGUCAAAAACAGUCAAUACUCUGAAAAAUUAACAGACACUCACAUUCCAGAUAGCUGGAUUAAGAGACCUCAAGUACUAACUGAGGAAGAAAGAUUACAAAAAAUUUUGAAAGAAAGAAUGCAUUUGAAAGAAAAAAGGAAGCGCUAUCGAAUGAAUAUGAGUCCUGAAAGACGGACUGAAUUUUUGGAAACUGAAAGGGAGCGUCUAAAAGCAUAUAGGCAAAAAAAGAAAGCUGCAGAAGCAGCUGGAGUAUGUGAUGCAAAUUCUACUGCAUGUGUUGAUCAGUGAUGAUGAAUGCUGUGGUUUGUUGUUGAAUUAUGUUAUAUUUACAUUUUAUAAGAAAAGUUUAUGAAGUUUAGGUUAUGUAUGGAAUAAAUGAAAAAUAUAUCUUUAUAUAUAUACACGUAAAAUUGUCUUUAAAGUUUGUUUUUAUGAUACUAUUGUUAAACUGAAUGCAAUCUAUUAAGUUUAACUGGUGCUAACUAACUUUCCUAUUAUGAAACAGAUUUCCAUAAUUUAAAUUUCCAUUCAUAUUUUAAAAAUUCACACAAUUAUUUAUUUUUUUGUUAGUUCUUAAAUAGCAAUUUCCAUUUCUAUGCAGAGUUGUAUCGACUGGAAAAAAACAAGGAAUAUUUAUUACUUACAUAAUAAUGGCUUAUAAUUUUUGAAAAAGGCUUUGAAAUUAUCAUUUAUUAUAGAAAUGAGUUAUUUCCACUGUCAAUAUCUAAUACAACUUGUUUAUCAAAUUUCCAAAAUAAUUCUACUUCACAAUAUUUGUCUCUUCAUUUAAUUUAUUAAAUAUUUUGUAUUUAUAUUAAG